AUGAUUACAAACGAUAGUGAUUAUCAUGAACAAUUUGAAUUAAAAACAAACGGUGAGUUUUCUGAAAUCAUCAAUUCAAUACAAGAGCGUUUUCCAACUGUUGAUAUGAAUACACAACAAAUACAACGACUGGAUGAAUCACGCAAUCGAUUUAUGGAUUUUGAUAAAGAAUAUUUUAAUAGUAAUAAAGAAGUUCUAGUGUCGUCGUCAUCAAACGUAUUUCGGAUUAUCAGAAGAACUGAUUUUUCACCAUCGGAUACUUCAGAAGAAGAUGAAUUAAGUAUUUCAGAUUUGACAAUAGCUGAUGAUAAAUCAGGUGAAGAACCUGUUGAAUUAAUGAAAGUUCAUAAGCCAAUGUGUACUGAUAGUUCACAAACAAGUCCUGUUCGACUGAAUUUAAGAUCCUACCAAAGUAAAGCAUCGUCAAUGUCAUUAGACGUCUCUGGAGAUGAUCGAUACCAGCAAAUAGUUCAACCAACUACAGCAUCAUCUCUAUCGUUAUCUGCAUUGGAUGAUUCUUUCUCAAGCAGACCGAACAAACUAGCUACUACCACUAAACGACGAUCUGUCCCUCAAUUAUUUUCUAGAAUAUCUUUUAGAUUUCUAAAUCUUCAAAGGCUUUUUCGUCGUCGAUCAACUUCUGUCUCUGAUUUUUAUCAGGCCUGUUGUAAUAAUCAAGUAACAAAAGUUGAACGAUAUUUAGAAAUUUUAUCGUUGUGUGAUAUAGAUAAAUUACAGCCAGAUGGAUCAACAGCGCUUCAUAUAGCGGCUUCGUUUGGCUAUCAACAAAUUGUUCGUCUAUUAUUGCAAGCAGGUGCAUCCCCAACAAUCUUAAGCAAACAUGGACUAACACCUGCUGAUUUAGCAAAAACCGAGGAAAUAAAACAAUUAUUUCAUCGACGGUCUACUCUAGUUACAUCUAGAUCAACACCAUAUGAGCUGAUUGCGCUGGUAUUGUACGGUUUGACUAAAAAAAGUCAACAAAAUAAACUUGCUUGGAAAUUUUUUUCUUUAGUCGGACUAUAUACUAGUAUCAUUAGGGAUCACGAAAUAAAAAAUUUCCCGACUGUCACUUUCUUUCUUUCGGAAAAAAUGAGCCUUUCGUUGGAGAGUCUCCUGUCCAAAACCAUUAAAUUUUAUUUAUGCGUUUUCUCCG